AUGAGUACGGAUUUAUCCAUCAGCCGGGCUACGGACCCAUGUGCUGCCAACCCCCCAUUACCGCCUCAAGUUGCGGAACCCGGGACGUCGGGUGCUUGUCUUGAAUGCCAGCCCAAGAAGCAGUCUCGUCGCCGGGAAUUAAGCGUUCGCAACAGGACGCCGGGUUUCUCGCGAGCGACUGUCGCCGAAAAUCCUCAUUUCGAAGCGCCACUUCACCAGCCCUCGGCUCCCUGGUCGCUUGGAGCAAGUCCGCUCCCCGUCCUGCCUCAGCAGGGCCGCGGCAAUAUCGACCACACCCGGCGCCACCCAUUGGUCCUGCCACAAAAACACCUCCUCCCGCGGGUCAAGGAGGAGGCAGUCCAGCCCUUGCUAGCAGUCAUGCACUGGGUAGGAUCAAAAUACAUUGCACCGGAAAUGGACCAACAGCCGCUAUUGGAUAUCGCUCGAUUGUCUGUGGACGAGGCUCAAACGAAGAGGGCGAAUGGCUUUACCGUUCAGGCGCUGACGGUGCUGCUGGUAGCGUUGGACGGCACAGGGUACCCGCAACAGGCCGUGGAGCUCUUGACUAGGACAAAGCAAAUGGCUCUCUCUCUUGGGAUGAACUAUAGUCAAUUCAUUACAGAGUCUAAAACAAGAUCCGGCGUGCUGGAUGAGAGCUGGCGCCGAACGUGGUGGGAGCUGUAUGUCCUGGACGGCAUGUUUGCUGGUGCCCACCGCGCCACCACUUUCUCUCUCUUCGACAUGCCAACUGAUGUUGGAUUUCCAUGCGAAGAGGACGACUAUGAGACGGAUCAAAUUCCAGAGCCGUGUUCGCUGCAAGACUUGUCCGACCGCGAUCUCAGCAUCAAGCGCUGCGACUUUUCGUCCUUCUCUUACAGGGUCUUGAGCGUGCAGAACCUCGGCAAGGUGAUGCAAAACCACGAAGCCGCCGAGGUGGACGCAACUGUACACGCACAGCUCGAAGUCCUACUUUCUAGCUGGCGCCACAACCUGCCGGCGUCGAAGCGCGACUCGCUCCGGCGCGACGGCCGGCCGGACGAGAUGAUGUUCCAGGCGCACAUGCUCAACCACACCACCUCGAUUCUCCUGCACCAAUCGCGCGCGCAGCUGGACCUCGCUCCUGCCCAAGCCAUUGACGCCUGCGCGCCGCCCGCCGCCGCCGCCAGCACUACCCCCGAGAGUGACGGAUGCGCUGCCGCCGCUGCCGCCGCCGCCGCCGCCGCCGUCGCGCAUCAUCCUCGCGUCAGCCUGCACGCGCGCCACGUCGCCACGGCCGCCAACGAGAUUGGCAAGCUCAUGACGCACCGCACGCCUCUCACGCUGCACACGCACUUCUUCAUCUGCGCCGUGGUGCUGGCGUCGAUUGUGCAGCUCAGCGCGUGGUCCGGCGGCGGCGGCGGCGGCGGCGGCGGCGACGACGACGAUGACGACGCCGGCGUGCGCGAGCAGGUGCGUCUGUGUAUUGGCGCGCUGCGACAAAUGUCGUCAGUCUGGGGCCUGGCGACCAAGGCGCUUGGCCAGGUCCGGGAGGUGGCUGGGCAUGUGCACUUUGUGAGGACGCAGAGCCGACAGAUGGAGCAGUUUCUGGUGGAUGUGACGGAGGAGGACAUGAUGAGCAUGUUUGCGGCGGAUACUUUGACGUUGGCUGAUACCGGGACAGUCUAG